AUGGUAGUUGUAUUGAACGGAUGUAACGGAGGGACUGUUAGCUUUGCGAAUCAUGCCCUGAAGCUAGAUAAAGCUGCUGAUGCGAACGCUAUUGCUUCUGCAUUAGCUUCCAAUUUAAAUGCUGAGUGUUUGAAUCUCAGCGGAAAUACACUUGGGAUAGACGCGGCUAAACCUAUCGGUAUUGCUUUAGAAAAGAACCGCUUCAUCAAGCGCUGUUUGUUUAACGAUCUGUUUACAGGUCGCCUUAAAUCUGAAAUAGCACCAGCACUAAAGUAUUUGAGUAAUGGUCUUAUGGCUUCUAAGUCUCAAAUAAUUGAAUUGGAUCUCAGUGACAACGCUUUCGGUCCAAAUGGGAUUGUUGGUAUAACUGAUUUACUGGCGAGCAAUACUUGUCACACUCUUGAGGUACUGCGAAUGAACAACCAAGGUCUUGGCCAUGAAGGAUGUCGAUAUCUUGCAGAGGCCUUAGAAAAAGGACGAUGUUUGUCAAAAAAUCAAGGACUACUACUAAAAAUAUUUUCUGGAGGAAGAAAUCGUUUAGAAAAUGUAGGAGCUCAAAUGCUUUCCAAGGUUUUCUGUGGUAUGGGAUCCUUGGAAGAGCUUUCUCUGUAUCAAAAUGGAAUUGGAAUUCAUGGGGUAGAUGGUAUUUUGUCAUUGGUGAAAAUAAUCAAAUCUAAUCCAAAUUUACGAGUGUUAAAUUUGUCGGACAAUUCGCUUACUCCACGUGGUGCCGAAGCAAUUGCACGUGCCCUACCUUCAGUAGUCAAUCUUGAGGAACUUUAUUUGAGCGAUUGUAUACUCCGAUCAUCUGGUGUAAAGGCACUUGCUUCCGCUUUUGAAGAUCCUGACAUCACUCCUAAUUUAAGAGUUUUGAAUCUAACUGGAAACGAAAUCAAACUGUCUGCUGGAAUUAAUUUAAUUCUAUCCUUGGGCAAUAAAUCCCAUUUAGAAUUACUAGAUUUGAAUGCUAAUGAAUUCGGUCGCUCUGGUGUUCGAUCAAUAAUUCAAACGCUUGAUUCAGUCGGACUUUUGCACACAUUACCCAAUCCAAACGACAAAGAAGAUUCAUCAAAUAAAUCAGUUAUAGAAGAAUCCUAUUUAUGGGCAUUUGACGAAGAUCAAGGUUCAGAUCAAGAAGAUGAAGAUGAUGAAACCAAUGAAGGAGAGGAGGAGGAGGAUGAUAAUGCAGAAGAUGAUGAUUCUAGAAGAAGUCGAUAUGGAAAUGAUGAUGAUGAUGAUGAUGAACGAGAAAAUCAUACUGAUAUAACUUCAGACCAAAAGGAGAGUUCAAACGUUAAUUUCAGUUUUCGUGAGGCAUUUUCAAAACUUGGAACUAUUGGUGGUGGUUGUUUGACCCCACAAAACGAAAAUAUCCAAAUAAAUAAACCUGGACCUUUUGGUAAACAAUCAUUUGGUUUGUUUUCUGGAAUUUCACCUCAAAACACUGAUACAACAGAUGCUGGUGUGAUUCGUUCAAAACUAUGGCCUUCUUCAGGUUUGGGCAAUUUAUUCAAUUUUGGUGAUAAUGCAAACGCAAAAAGAAAUCUAUUUUCUCCACCAAUUCUAUCGAAUAAGGCUGUUGGUCAAGUUGUUGAUGAAAAGAAAUUAGAUGAGGAUAAACUUAGACAACUUUUAAAUGAUGCACUUUGUAAUCCAAAACAAGAAAUGAGUAGAAAUCGUUUGAUUGUAUCUAGACGAGUUCAAAACUCAUCCAGCGCUCCUGAAUUUUCAGUAGGUUUCUUAGAUGAUUCAAAUUCAUAACGAAAAAAAUGUUGAUAAUUCAGGAGUUAUACCAGGAAAUGUUUCAAUAGGGAUGGCUAAAACAAAUCAUGACUCCUUGUUUGUAGUGUGUUCAAUAUUUGAAAUCAACGUUUGAAACUGUGAGCGGUGUUAAUGCUAAACUCAUCUCAGUAAUACAUACAUUCACUCUGGUUUCUUUUCAAAGUACAAGACCAUUGUCUUCAGACAAGUAAAAGCAAUUUAGUAUUCAUUACAGUUGUCUAUCAAUUUAAGAUGCUUUACUUUAUGUAUUAGUAAACUGAAAUAAAUCUACUCAAAUCUUCUUUCAAUAAUCUUCCUAGCCAUUACCUGGUGAAGACACACUGUAUGCACCAUGUAUUCCGUUUUUAGUAAGUUUUUCGGAUAUAUUACUUACAGCACUGAUAUUGUAGUGAACCGAAACUCAGGUACAGUAAACCAACUUAUUGUUUCAUGCAAAAUUACAGUCUUUGUAUAAUAUGAAAAUCAUACAUUAAAUAAAUCGUUUGCAUAUCUUCCUUGAGUUACCCCUUGCAUACUCCGUCAUCUUUUUAAUUCUGUUGUUAUUCUGAUCGCUCUCUGUUUUCCUUCUUGUUCUCUUCAAUUCAAUCUUAUGUUGGUAAGCAUUCCACUUCUAAUUCCCGUUGCAUACUACUUAUUAUCUAUCUACAUGAGAAGCACACACCACAAUAUAAUGGACAUCAAGUAUGAUAUUCGCUAUCCAUUUAUACAAUGCUUUCGUUACGCAUCUUAAUAUUUUGUGUUCAUUUUCUGGUGUACUAUUUACUCUAGUCUUACGUCUUAUUUUCUGAUCAGAUUUUACACGGUUAGUACAGUAAUAUAAAACAGGACUUCUGUUAAUACCAUAUAGUUGUGGAUUUAAAUCUCGUUUAUUAAUGUUUAUUUAUCUUAAAACUCGAAUUGACCUAUCUAGUGAUUUAAUAUUAAAGUAUUGGAUUCAUGUAAAUAGGCUUUUGAAUAAAGAAAUUCGUCUUAGAUCCGUAUACAAUUUAAGACAGAUUAGAUACAGGUAAUUAUAAACUGCCUCCAAAUACCCUGGUACGGCCGAAAGUGGGGAGAGUCCACUCUCCCUCUCGAAGUGCUCUCACAUGGCCACGCGUAUA